AUUGCUUUGAUUUUCCUUGUUGCGUUACUUUGUCUAAUAUACAAGGUUGAAAUCGAGUCACAGCGGGUAAACUCCAAGCUCCUGAAUUUUGAAUCUCUUAGUCACAGAUUGAAUCUUCUGGCGAACCUAAGGUAAAACCCAUAUAAUUGAUUUGGUGCUUUGAUUCAAAAUGGUGUUUUGAUUUCAGACGCUAUGAAAUAGAACCAUCGACAAUAUAUAUUGACUUGAUGUUAAUGGGAGAUGGCUUCAAGUUAAAACCAGAUUACAUCAACUUCGAGAUUUGAUGGACGUCUGUUUGCUAAUUUGCUUUAAACUUCGAGGCUACCAUAAGCAUGUUUCAAACUCUCAACUAGCCAAAGUGUUGUUCGUAUUUACUUAUGAAGUUGUUCAGAUGCGUCGCUAAUUUUACUUUGUUUUGACUUUCGUAAGAAUUGACUGGAAUAUUUGAAUUAUGUUGGUUUAGUUGGUUAGAUGAGCUUCUUCAGUUGAAGUUUAGAGACAAAAUGAAAUCGGCGGAAACUGAUCGAAAUUGGGCCAGUAGAAUGAAAAUGCUGACAAUUUAAUAUUACAUGCCAAUGUUAGUUAAAAAGUAUCAGGUCUUAUAUUUUCCGAGACGACCUCCCUAGCAUAACCAAUUUGGGUUAUUUGUCAUCAUUUUAUUUUUUGUGUUUAUCUUGUAUUCAAACAUCCGGUUGUCUGUUAGUGGAAUAUCUCGGUGGAUCAAGAUUUUGCGAGGACGGCGCAGGUUUCAGGUAUCUCGUGCGACACCCUUCCCAAAAAAUUUCACUCAAAAUUUUGCCUUUUAUUGGAUUAUUUUUUGAUUCGGAUUGCUGUGAGGGUCUCGAUUGAUUCAGUAGCUGGAACUUAAAUGGCCAAUCUAACAGGAUCCAUAAUAGACUCGCAUGGUCCUGAACCUGAGACUGGGUUAAGUCAAGACCCGAACUCUCCCCAAAGUGUCAUUUGCAAUCUUAAACCCGGGAAAUUCAAUUGUCACCCGAUUAGUGUGGAGUCGUGUUCGGAAAUUCGAGCUGAAUCUACUGGCGACGAUGAAGAUAGUUUCGUUUGUGUCGGAUAUCGGAAGUCAGUUUGGAAAUCGUUUUUGUUCAUCCUGAUGUCUUUUGCGUCGUGUGGUUUGCUCCUGCUGUUCUGUUAUUGGAAACCCGCUUUUAGGUGCAAGCUCCGAUUCAAAAAAUGCUCCUUGGCCUGUGCUGAUUUGGUGCUGAUCAAACCAGAUGGAAUUGACGAUUGCAGCGUAGUUUUAAUUGAAAAGUGUUUCAUCGCAUCACAAGAUCUGCCCAAACUCACCAGCAGUGCUCGUCUGAACAGCAAUGAACACAGUCCGUACCAAAAUGGAGCAGCCAGUGGGGUUCGAAACCAGAAUGAAGUUGGCUCUUCCGAAGACAUGGCUCACAUUGCCUGCGAUGAUUCUGCUCCAUUGUUAGAUUCUGCAUGUGUAAACAACGGUCCGAGACCUCCUGCAAACAUUUAUGACUCUGCAAAAGAACUAAGUGCUAUUAGACGAGGAUCGGCGACUAUGAAAGAUCUUUUGGAUGGAUCCAUUGUUUUGACGUUUAUGCUGAAGAACGUGAGGUAUGUGUGGUAUCCCAAUGUGCAGUUAGACCUAGGAGGUCACAUGGUCUCCUGUGUCUGUGGAGUGGUGGCUCUGGAGACUUUCGACAGUCUGCUGACGUUGAGAGAUGUUGUGAACACUACCCACAGAGUGACACAUGUCGGCCAAUACGACAACGCAUCCAGGGCGGCGUUUGACAAGCGGGACAACCGACUGCUGCUGUUUGGGAACAACUGCAUGGACAUCCCCAUCAAGUCCUACUACAGACUUCUUAUUGAGGAAGUUUUCAAUCCAUUCUACGUGUUCCAAGUAGUGAGCAUUGUGCUGUGGUGCCUGGAAAAUUACUACUAUUAUGCGUCCUGCAUAUUCGUCAUCUCCCUAGCCGGAAUCAUCAUGGAGGUGCGUGAGAUCAGAAGACAGUUACUGACCCUGAAAGAAAUGUCAACACUGAGUGGCAGAGUCAAUCUGGUGCUCCCCUUUGAAGGCGGCGGCUCAGACGACACUCCUUGUGAGAACACUGUAGUUGGAAAUGAGGCCAAGAGAACUGAUGAUCACAAAGAUGCGCUCCCAGUUAGGAGUCACAAUUUCAAUCUGAAGGAAGUGUCCUUUGAUGACUUAGUGCCAGGGGACUUGAUUGAAGUUUCCACACACUUCUCCCACAAGAUGCCAGUGGACUGUAUGUUGGUGGCUGGAACUGUGAUUGUGAACGAAAGCAGCCUCACCGGCGAAAGUGUGCCGGUGAACAAAACUCCUCUGCGAGCCUCGGGUCAGAACAACGAGGGAGUCGACUUCGCCACCCAGGCCAAACACCUUCUGUUCGCUGGCACUGAUCUGGUCAGGGUCAACAAAGGAGUGGAGGGGGAGGUAGUGAUGGCAUAUGUGUUGCGCACUGGCUUCAUGACUGUGAGGGGCCAGAUGAUAAGGACUAUGCUCCAUCCCAAGCCCAUGGACUCACAAUUCUAUAAGGAUGCGUUUCGCUUCGUGGCCCUUCUGAGUGUGUUGGCCAUAGGGGGCACAGCCUACUCCAUCUAUGACCUACUGCAGGCAGGGGACACUGUGUUCGAUGCAGUCACCACUGGCCUGGACAUCAUCACCAUCCUCGUGCCACCAGCACUACCCAGUGCACUGGCCAUAGGCAUACACUACGCCAUCGCCAGACUGAAGAAGCGUGGUAUCUUCUGCAUCAGUCCGCAGAGAGUAAAUUUGGCUGGUCAGGUGGACACUUUCUGCUUCGACAAGACAGGCACGCUCACGGAGGAGGGACUGGACAUAUAUGGACUGCUGGCAGUAAAAAGCACAUUCGCCAAAAUCGACAAAAGCUCAGUCGAUCAAUCAAAACUAGAAGCAGAACUACAGCAACAGGGAGAAUUGGGGAAACACAACUUAGCAGUGUUCCAGGGUCUGGCAGAGCGUCCGGGAUCUACUUUUCAAAUUGAUGAUCCUAUUUCCGUUGCCAUGGCAACCUGUCAUUCUCUGGUGGUUGUGGAGGGGGAAGUUUGUGGGGAUCCGAUCGAGGUCAAGAUGUUCGAGGCCAUAGAGUGGCACAUACCAGACAGCUCUCUCGACCAGGAACAAGGCUCUGUAGACUACAGUAACUAUGGCCUGCUUCGUGUGCGACCUUGUCGCUCCCAUUUGUCCUCUGACAAUGCACCCACAUUCGACAGUGGACUGAACCAGUUUGUACAGUAUGAAGUGGCAGUGCUGCAUGAGUUGCCCUUCUCGAGUCACGUGCAGCGAAUGAGUGUAGUGGCCAAGAGAGUGGCAUGUCCAUGCAGUCACACACACAACAUGGAGAUAUUCUGCAAAGGAGCCCCCGAAGUAGUUGCCAGUCUAUGUGUACCGAGUUCGAUCCCCGCCGACUUCUCUGAGAGGCUGCGCUUCUACACGAACCAGGGUUUCCGUGUUCUGGCACUGGCCACCAGAGACCUGGGAGCGAAGAUGAAGUACCACAAGAUGCUGAAGAUGGAGCGAGGCAGUCUGGAGAGGGACCUGGAACUGCUGGGUCUACUUGUGCUACAGAACAAACUCAAGCCACAAUCCACAUCUGCCAUAGAGACUCUAACCGACAAUAACAUCAGGAGCAUCAUGAUCACAGGUGACAAUUUGGAAACAGCAGCUUCAGUUGCACAAGAAUGCCGAAUAGUUCUGCCAUCGCAAACACUCGUAUUUGUGAGGUGCACUCCCGAAUUCAACCAAUCAGAUGUCAUCAAUUCCAGCACAAUCAAACGGAAGCAGCUUUCAAUUCAAAAUUCAUCAUCGCCUACUAUUAGUAACACGAGCAUCACUUACAAACUGACACUACAUAACUCGGACAACAAUCAAAUCUUGUCGUCAACUGAAUGUGCCAAACUGCUGGAAGACGAACACGUGACGUUCGCCAUAUCGGGCAUGGACUACGCCAAUUUGAGGGCCAAUUACGCGGCAGAUGUGAUUGCAGGGUUCGCCAAAGUCUGCUCAGUGUAUUCCAGAAUGAAGCCAGACCAGAAAACACAGGUUGUGAAGAGUGUGCAGGAGUUGGGGAAAGUGGUGGGCAUGUGUGGGGAUGGGAGCAACGACUGCAGUGCCCUGAAGGCAGCCCAUGUGGGGGUGUCCCUCUCCCAGGCAGACGCCAGUGUCGCCUCCCCCUUCACCUCCAGAGUGGACAACAUAUCGUGUGUCCAUCAUGUCAUACAGGAGGGCAGGUGUGCACUGGUGACGUCAUUUGCCCUGUUCAAGUUCAUGAUGCUGUACAGUAUGGUGCAGUACAGCUCCAUCCAGCUGCUCUAUGUCAUCCAGUCCAACUUGGGAGACGUGGAGCAGAUGUACGAGGACAUGCUCCUCAUCACAGUACUCGCUCUAGUCAUGGGACGCACCCAGCCACACCCACACCUCGUGCCUCAGCGUCCUCAGAACAGACUGCUCUCUUUCUCUGUGGUGGCCUCAGUGGUCUGCUGUGCUGUGGUCCAGAUGGCUGCUCAACUGGCAGCUUUCUUCUACGUCAGAUCUAUGUCAUGGUACUAUGUGUGGCACGUGGACAAUGGGAAGACAGUCCAGGAGAAGGGCUUCGAGAAUACUGCAGUGUUUCUCAUAUCCAACUUCCAGUACGUAUUCAGUGCCCUCAUUUUCUCCAAAGGACACCCCUACAGACGCGCAUUCUACACCAAUGGGGCCUUCACUGCAGCAUUGGCAGGUCUGAUGGCUCUGAACGUGUUGCUCCUCCUCUACCCUCCCCAAUUCAUUCUGGACUUCUUCAAAAUGGUGCCAGUCUACAGCCAUCAUCAGUUCAUUCUCGUCUUAAUCCAGCUCACUCUCAUAAACUUGCUGCUUCUCUUCUUGGUGGAAAACAUCAUUUUGGAUAACCGGUUGAUUGAGCGCUGUUGCAAACUAGUCAUAACUAAGCUGUCUCAGUGUUGCUGUGCUCGCAGACUGAAAAGAGUGAAAUUGAAUGAAGAUAAUGAGUUUGUAAAAAUGGUAUCACAGGUUUCGGAAAUAUAAUUAUUGUUUA